UGAAAGCCUCUGCCAGAGCUGUCGGUGGAAGACUGAGUAUCCUCUCGUCGGUAGCCGGACUGAAAAUACAAGUCGAGCAUUAGUGGACUUUGGAGCGCUUUUACUAGCCUCGUUACCGUCGAUCAGCUUGUUUUUUUUUUUUAUUAGAUAUAUAUAUUCCAAAACCACAUUAUUUAGUUUGCAUCCUGACCUUUUUUUCCCCCCAAGAUUUGGGAGCUGGAGGGGGACACAUUUCUGUCAGCUAACUUCCACAAUAGGUUUCGCUGCGUCGCCGGGCUGCUGCAUAUGUUUGAUUUUGGCUCAGCAGUUUGACUCCAGCCCCCUUUCCAGCCGAGCCCAAAUGCUGAGGAAUGGAUAGUGUGUCUGCCAAAGGUGGGAAGAUGGUCGAGAGUGAUGAGCAGCCGGAGAGGGAUAGCGGCGGUGGCGCAGCGAUGGCCGCACUACAUCAGUGCGAACUCAUCCAGAAUAUGAUUGAUAUCUCCAUCUCCAGUUUACAGGGGCUACGGACCAAAUGCGCCGCGUCCAACGACCUCACGCAGCAAGAAAUACGCACUUUGGAGGUGAAGCUGAUGAAAUACAUCUGUAAACAGCUGCAGUGCAAGCAGAAAGUGCCAGAGACAGAGAGGCCCGAGGCCCUCGACAGCUACCCACGCUUACGGGACUGGCUACGCACCAUCAACCUGCGACCGGAGCUCAUCGAGGCUGUAGAGACCAAGUUGUCGCUGGAUGCUUUACUGCAGAUGUCAGGUGCUCAGGUGAGAGACACAAUGCGAAGACUAGGGUCCAGCUCAGAGGAACGUGCCAGGCUCAGUGCUGCCCUCUCCUGUCUGAAGAGUGCCACUGAAUCAGGAGGUGAGCUGAGAGAAGACAGCAGUCCUUGGUUGUCUGAGCCCACCAGGAGGGACAGCGGCUCUCUACUGACCGCGGACCAGCUAACCAACCUGGGGACGCCGCUCCGCCCCCACAGUCCCUCGCCUCUCGCCCGCCCAUCCACCAUCCAGUCCACCCCAUCCACCCCCUGCGCCACCUUCCCCCAUCCCCGCUCAGGCUCGGUGUCAGCGGUGCCCACUCCGGACGUGCUGGCGUGUCACGUCCACGGCGAAAGCCCCCUCACAGAUCCCUUCCCCAUGUCCUUCGCUCGCACAGCCCGGCUCCACGGGCGCACCUCCACCCCGCCCAUAACCCCGCCCUCCAAGCGACGACACCGACUGAAGCCCCCCUGCACCCCUCCACCUCCAUCCCGCAAGGUGCUCCAUCUGCUGCCCAACAUCACUCUGACGCGCAGCAAAAGCCACGAGUCCCAGCUGGGCAACCGCAUCGAGGAUCCUCCCACCAACAAGUGUGUUAAAAAGAAUAAGUUGUUGCUGAACAUGCAAGUUAACGGUAAUGGCUGUGAGGACUCGCCUUCUCGUUACCCAGUCGUGUCUGCACGGACGCCUGGAGUCACCCCAAUCGCCACCACAGCACCUUACACCCUCCCUGGAACGCCCACCCUGCUAGAGGAGCACAGCACAAUUAAGAAUAAUGUAGCAGUGCAUCGCAGUUCCCCACAAGCAGUGAGGAGGGACAUAGGCCUAGCAGUCACGCACAGGUUUUCCACCAAGUCCUGGUUGUCCCAGACAUGUCAAGUGUGCCAGAAGAACAUGAUGUUUGGGGUUAAGUGCAAACACUGUCGAUUAAAGUGCCACAACAAAUGCACAAAGGAGGCUCCAUCCUGCAGAAUCUCCUUUCUACCCAUCGCCAAAAUUCGGAGGACAGAGUCGGUUCCCUCUGAUAUAAACAACCCUGUGGACCGACCGUCAGAAGCACCGCAGUUUGGCACGCUACCAAAGGCCAUUACGAAAAAGGAUCAUCCUCCGGUGCUCAACCAGCUGGACUCCAGCAGCAAUCCGUCCUCCACCACCUCAUCCACACCUUCCUCCCCGGCACCCUUUCAGCAGAGCAACCCCCCCAGCGCCACUCCUCCACCCAACCCCUCACCCAAAGGCCAUCGGGACAGCCGCUUUAACUUCCCAGCUGCCUGUUACUUUCAGCAUAGACAACAGUUUAUCUUCCCCGAUGUUUCCAGUCCUGUGAAUUUGCACUCUGAUGUCCUCCAAGACACAGUCAAUGAGAUAGAGCAGUCAGCGGACGACAUACAUGCUGAGCUGGUAGAAGAUGAAGAUGAAGAGGAAGGGGAGGAGGACAUUGAAGUUGAAGAUGAAGACCCAGAAGCAGAAGAAGAGAAUGAUGAAGAUGACGAGGAGAAUGAGGACGAAGGGGAUGAUGAUGAUGAUGAUGACAGGGAGGAGAUCAGGAUGAACGUGGGCUCGGACGGCGAGUGCGAUGAGCUGGACGAUUUGCCCAACUCUCGGGGAAACCAGUGGAAGGGCCCCAUCUCCCGCAAGGCCAGCCAGACCAGCGUCUACCUGCAGGAGUGGGACAUCCCUUUUGAGCAGCUGGACCUCGGAGAAUUAAUCGGAAAGGGCCGCUGGGGCAAAGUACAUAAGGGUCGGUGGCAUGGUGAGGUAGCCAUCCGACUUCUUGAGAUUGAUGGGAACAAUCAGGACCAUCUGAAGCUCUUUAAAAAGGAAGUGAUGAACUACAGGCAGACCAGGCACGAAAAUGUGGUCCUCUUCAUGGGGGCCUGCAUGGCUCCACCCCACUUAGCCAUCAUCACCAGUUUCUGUAAAGGGAGGACGCUGUAUUCAGUGGUGCGAGACACUAAAAACACCUUGGAUAUUAAUAAGACAAGACAAAUCGCUCAGGAGAUUGUAAAGGGAAUGGGCUAUCUGCACGCCAAAGGCAUUGUUCAUAAAGACUUGAAAUCAAAGAACGUUUUUCAUGACACCAAUAAAGUCGUGAUCACAGACUUCGGGCUGUUUGGGAUCUCUGGAGUUGUUCAGGAGGGGAGGCGGGAGAAUAAACUAAAACUUCCACAUGGCUGGAUUUGUUAUCUCGCGCCAGAGAUUGUGCGUAGGAUGAGCCCAGGUAACAAUGAGGACCGCCUUCCAUUUUCCACCGCAGCAGAUGUGUACGCCUUCGGCACCAUUUGGUAUGAGCUUCAAGCUAGGGACUGGCCAAUCACCAACCAGCCUGUGGAAGCUACCAUCUGGCAGGUGGGGAGCGGAGAGGGCAUAAAGAAGGUUUUGACGGAGAUCAGCUUGGGCAAGGAGGUCACUGAGAUCCUCUCUGCCUGCUGGGCGUAUGACCUGAGAGAAAGGCCGACCUUCACCCAGCUGGCCGACAUGCUGGAGAAGCUGCCCAAACUCAACCGCAGGCUGUCUCACCCUGGACACUUCUGGAAGUCUGCAGAGUUGUAGCAGUCGCUCUGAAACAUAAGCAAUGCAAAACAAAACGCCUGGGUCUGCCUUGCAUGCUCCUGAAUCCUUAACUCUUACAGGAUUGAUCAAAGCAUUGCCUCUGCCUGAAACAAGGCACUGCUUCCACUAAUCCACAGUCUGAUCUUCCAUGUCUAACCGUUGAGUUUUUGUUGUUCGGAGGGGUGGAAAGGCGGACCGAGGCGUGGCAGGUGGGACGGCCACUGCCACUCCUUUCCCUCCGUCCCGUCUAAUAUCUCCCUUGCCUUCCUUUGGUUUUGGUUUUGUUCAUUCGGGACUCUGAGGCUCAUGAAUAACUGGCUUGUGGUGGGACUGACCGACUGGUGCGCUGUGGUCUGUGCCUGCUGACGGCCGCCCUGUCCUCGGCCUGCUCACCUUCUUCUGUGCUGCUGUGAUGUGGUUGUUCUCGUCGGGGUCCUGACCACAUGCCUCCUCUUUUUUUUCAUCUCUGAAACACACACACACACACACACACACACACAUAAACACACACUGCUGGACAUAAAAUGGACGCUACUACCAAAACGGACCACUUCAUUUAUCUCUGUUUUCCCCGAGGGUUUGACGCGUUUGACAGGCUGCUUGACUGAUGCUGUCAAACCAACUGCCUCUCUUUCCCCCUCUCCCUCCGUUUCGUAACGGGGUUGCGUGACGGCAUGUGCAGAGAUACUCACCAGCCCGUGUCUAGGCGCAAUAUGCACUUUGUCAGCAGGAAAAAAAAUAAUCAUGAACUCUUUAUUUUUUUGUGAUUUAGUUUGGUUUUUUGAACGGUCAUAUUUGCGGUGUUUUAUUUUUUAUUAUUUCUCUCGUCAGGGGAGUCUCAGAGGCUUGGACAGAGUGAUGUGUGUGUCUGUUUUGGAGUAUAAUCUGGUAAAUUCACUGUUUAUUGGAUGCAUUUGAAAACGGCACUGAUGAGAACUUGCUAAACAACAAGAAAAGUGAAAAGAAAUGGGUGAAAUCUUCACGGGAAUAGAAUACUACUGGCUUAAAGGCUUUUUAAAAAAUAAUGUUCAUCCGUUGAAGUGUAAAGGGCACCUUAAAAGAAUAUGAGUUACUUCUUUCAAGGAGUUGAGUGAGUUCAUUCUCUGCGCAAAAAAAAGUUUAAAAAAAAUCAGGAACCUGGAGCAAAAGUGUCCUAUAUCUUCCUUUAACAGUACCUCUUGUGUGCGCUUGUGUAUACCGUUUGUGGUUGCUGGCUUCAGUUGGCGUGCUUGUAUUUAUGUGUUAUGUGUGGGUGCACGUGCGACUGAAUGAGCGUACUGUGUUGGAACAUGUAGGGUUUUUUGUUGGAAGAUUGCAGUAAAUGUUGUGUUGCAAAUCCAAUGGUAUGUAAUGUACAUACAUUAUUUAAUGUAUAGCAAAUUAACAUUGAUUCUUCUAAUAUUUGUACAAACAUUUUAUAUGUAAAAUACAUCACAACAUUUUUGAAUAGGUACUGCUAUGACUAUUACAGAUGUAAAUAUAUAUAUAUAUAUAUAUUUAUAUUUUUUUCAUGUAUAAAAAAAAUCUGUAUAAAAGCUGUACAAUUUUUUAGAAUGGGCCAAUACAUGUUUUUUAUGUUAUUGUAAAAAUUCAUAUUUUUGUAUUGCAUGUGACUACCAUUCUGUACACGCAGUUUCUGUUUUCAUCCAUGGAAGACAAUAAAAUGAGGCUUGUCAUGUAAUAACAGAGUAGAUAUUUUUAUU